CUUCGGUUUUCACUUCCUUCUCGUCAGAGCUGUAUCCGGGUCGUUGCUUUCCCUAUUGUUUCAGGCAACCGGCCUCGGACUGUGCAAAAUCUGGGUCUUUUGUUGCUUCUGGUGCAGGCUAAUAAAGUUUUUCUUUCUUUUAUUUUUUUCUAACCCUUUUAACGGGGGAAAUUAACCCCCCUGGGCCGCCGGGUUGGCCGCGCUGCUGGGCCGAAGGGAGCCUCUGGCCAGGGAGCGCCGAGGGAGGGGGCGCGAGCUGCCGGGCCGGUUCUGCGGGGACCCGGGGGCGGGGGGGCGGGAGGGGACCGCGGGGCUGCGCCUGGGGCGCCCCGGGCACUCGGCGGCGCCGCCGAUUUUAAAUAGCAUCUUUCGGACCUGUUUCCGCGGUCUCGGUCCCCGACCUCGGCGCUGCCUGGGCUCUCGCAGCCUCUCCCUAGGUCUCUUCCAAACGACCACCUCGGAUUCCUUAUGGAUCGCAGCUCCAAGAGGAGGCAGGUGAAGCCUUUGGCAGCUUCUCUGCUAGAAGCUCUCGAUUAUGAUAGUUCAGAUGACAGUGAUUUUAAAGUUGGAGAUGCCUCAGAUUCUGAAGGGAGUGGUAAUGGAAGUGAAGAUCCCUCAAAGGACAGUGGAGAAGGUUCCUGUAGUGAUUCUGAAGAAAAUAUUUUAGAAGAAGAACUGAAUGAAGAUAUUAAAGUAAAAGAAGAACAAUGUAAAAAUUCUGCAGAGGAAGAAAUACUGUCCUCAGAAAAACAGUUAAUUAAAAUGGAAAAGAAGGAAGAAGAAGAGAAUGGAGAAAGACCUAGAAAGAAAAAGGAGAAAGAGAAGGAGAAAGAAAAGGAAAAAGAGAAGGAGAAAGAAAAAGAGAAAGAAAAGGAGAGAGAGAAGGAGAAAGAAAAAGCAACAGUACCUGACAGUGUGGCUGUUUCUGCUACUUCCACUACACCAGCCACAAGUCCUUCUGCUGUUAACACAUCUCCUUCAGUCCCCACUACCACGACCACUACAGAGGAACAAGUCAGUGAGCCAAAAAAGUGGAACCUUCGUCGAAACCGACCACUUUUGGAUUUUGUUUCCAUGGAAGAGCUGAAUGACAUGGAUGACUAUGACAGUGAAGAUGACAAUGAUUGGCGACCUACUGUAGUAAAGAGAAAGGGAAGAUCUGCAUCUCAGAAAGAAGGAAGUGAUGGAGACAAUGAGGAUGAUGAAGAUGAGGGAAGUGGGAGUGAUGAGGAUGAGAACGAGGAAGGCAAUGAUGAAGAUCAUAGCAGCCCCGCCAGUGAAGGGGGUUGCAAGAAGAAGAAGAGUAAAGUUCUUAGCAGAAACAGUGCUGAUGAUGAGGAACUGACCAAUGAUAGCCUGACACUAUCUCAAAGCAAGAGUAAUGAGGACUCGCUGAUUCUUGAGAAGAGUCAAAACUGGAGUUCUCAAAAAAUGGACCAUAUUCUGAUUUGCUGUGUUUGUCUGGGAGAUAAUAGUGAGGAUGCUGAUGAAAUAAUUCAGUGUGACAAUUGUGGCAUUACAGUCCAUGAAGGUUGUUAUGGAGUUGAUGGAGAGAGUGACUCUAUUAUGAGUUCAGCUUCUGAGAACUCCACUGAACCUUGGUUUUGUGAUGCCUGUAAAUGUGGUGUUUCCCCUAGCUGUGAACUGUGUCCUAAUCAGGAUGGAAUUUUCAAGGAGACAGAUGCUGGAAGAUGGGUUCACAUUGUUUGUGCCCUGUAUGUUCCUGGAGUAGCCUUUGGAGAUAUUGACAAAUUACGACCAGUAACACUAACAGAAAUGAACUAUUCCAAAUACGGUGCCAAGGAGUGUAGCUUCUGCGAAGACCCUCGUUUUGCUAGAACUGGAGUUUGCAUUAGCUGUGAUGCAGGGAUGUGCAGAGCCUAUUUCCACGUGACCUGCGCUCAGAAGGAAGGCCUGCUUUCAGAGGCAGCGGCGGAAGAGGAUAUAGCAGAUCCAUUUUUUGCUUAUUGUAAGCAACAUGCAGAUAGGUUAGACAGAAAGUGGAAGAGAAAAAACUACUUGGCUCUACAAUCCUAUUGUAAAAUGUCUUUACAAGAGAGAGAGAAGCAACUGUCGCCAGAAGCACAGGCAAGGAUCAAUGCCCGGCUUCAGCAAUAUCGUGCCAAAGCAGAACUAGCUCGAUCCACCAGACCCCAGGCCUGGGUUCCAAGGGAAAAAUUGCCCAGACCACUCACUAGCAGUGCUUCAGCCAUUCGGAAACUGAUGCGGAAAGCAGAACUAAUGGGGAUCAGUACAGAUAUCUUCCCAGUGGACAAUUCAGAUACGAGUUCUAGUGUGGAUGGAAGGAGAAAGCAUAAGCAACCUGCUCUCACUGCUGAUUUUGUGAAUUAUUAUUUUGAGAGAAAUAUGCGCAUGAUUCAAAUUCAGGAAAAUAUGGCUGAACAAAAGAAUAUAAAGGAUAAAUUAGAGAAUGAACAAGAAAAGCUUCAUGUGGAAUAUAAUAAGCUAUGUGAAUCUUUAGAAGAACUACAAAACCUGAAUGGAAAACUUCGAAGUGAAGGGCAAGGAAUAUGGGCCUUACUAGGCAGAAUCACAGGGCAGAAGUUGAACAUACCGGCAAUUUUGCGAGCACCCAAGGAGAGAAAACCAAGUAAAAAAGAAGGAGGCACACAAAAGACGUCUACUCUUCCUGCAGUACUUUAUAGUUGUGGAAUCUGUAAGAAGAACCAUGAUCAGCAUCUUCUUUUAUUGUGUGAUACCUGUAAACUCCAUUACCAUCUUGGAUGUCUGGAUCCUCCUCUUACAAGGAUGCCAAGAAAGACCAAAAACAGUUAUUGGCAGUGUUCAGAAUGUGACCAGGCGGGGAGCAGUGACAUGGAAGCAGACAUGGCCAUGGAAACCUUACCAGAUGGGACCAAACGAUCAAGGAGGCAGAUUAAGGAACCAGUGAAAUUUGUUCCACAGGAUAUGCCUCCAGAACCUAAGAAGAUUCCAAUAAGAAACACGAGAACCCGAGGACGAAAACGAAGCUUCAUUCCUGAGGAAGAAAAACAUGAGGAAAGAGUUCCCAGAGAGAGAAGACAAAGGCAGUCUGUGUUACAAAAGAAGCCCAAGGCUGAAGACUUACGAACGGAAUGUGCAACUUGCAAGGGAACUGGAGACAAUGAAAAUCUUGUCAGGUGCGAUGAAUGCAGACUGUGCUACCAUUUUGGCUGUUUGGAUCCUCCUUUGAAAAAGUCCCCUAAACAAACAGGCUAUGGAUGGAUAUGUCAGGAGUGUGAUUCUUCAUCUUCUAAGAGCCUGCUGUAAGAGAUAAACCCAUUGCAAAUGAAGACAGCAUUCAUUUCCUUCCACCUCAGGCCACACAGAAUUGAUUGAGGUAAUAAAAUGACAGCACCUUGUAAUAUACUGAAGGCUCUUUAAUUUGAAAACCAGUUCUAACCUGAUUCAGAGCUUGUUUAAAGCUAAUUUAUAGCUUGCAUAAUUUUCAGCUGGCCGACCAAGGUAAAGGAUGAUAUGUGAAAACUGAUAAAGAAUUAACUUAUGAUACAUUCAGACCUGUCUUGUUAAAGUCAGCUGGUAUUAAAAAACAGAAGUAUUGGGGGAGAAUAGCAGAAAACAUAAUUGGUAAGCUUUUGCUUCACAUAAGUAACAUUGUUGAUGACAGUUUAAAUUUCCCAUCGUCUUAUUUCAAACCUGGCUUCUUGUCCUUUCUUUGUCAAAUCAGUUUUACUGGUAUUUCCUAUAUUUAAAGUCCUUCAUUGUUCGUCACAUAUUAAGGUCAGCAUGAGGCUGGGUACAGUUAGCAGUUGUGACUUCCACAGUGUCAAAUCUGUUGUGUGCCAUGGUGUUAGUGCUGCUGCUAAGCCGUCUGUCAGCAUUUUAAUUAUAAAUAAUCUUUUUUCCAGAUGUAAGCUGGAAAGAGUUAGAGCUCUUCAUUUCUAUUUGGGCUGAAAUAUCAGUCAGUAUUAGGCUUUUUGCCUUUGUGGGCUGUUUUUAUCUCUUUAUUCUAGCAUGUUUAUUUAUUUGUGACCCAUAAAUAAUACAGCUACCAUAGUAAAUUAUUCUGUGGUAUGAAUGAAGCCAGAUUUUCAGAAAUUUCAUGUCAGCAUUCACAAGUGAAAAAUAGAUUACAUUUCCUCUUUUAUGUUUAAAUCUUUUGCAUGGUUAUUACUUUUUCCCUUAAAAAAAAAAAAAGACAGUGGAGAAUGGGCAUAUCUUUGUCAUAUUCUGUUAUAACUAUAGAACUUUCAGAAGUGCAUUUACCAUUCUUAACCGUGAGUAUCACACUAAGUACAUUCCAAAUAUUUUGGAUAUCUAAGCUAAAAAAAGUCAAUAAACAAAUAUAUUUAACCGUAAGGUUAGAUAUAUGAGACUGAGAAAUUCUGUGGUUUCUUCAGUGAAACUUGCCUAGCUAUCUAGAUACGUAUUAAGAUGAAGAUUGUGGUUAAUCUAAUUAAGAUGUCUGUAGUAAACAUGGCCAUAAUUAUUUACUUUUUUGAAAAUUAUAAAGCAGUGCAUGCUUAUUAUAGAAUAACAUAUUAAGAUGAAAAUAAAAAUUAUUCAGAGAAUAACCACUGCUAACAGUUUAUUUUUUUCUAUGUAUAUUUUUUAAGAUCUUAAUAUUAUAGGAUGUAUGCCAUGCAUUCUCAGUGGGGGGAGUAUUGCUCCAAGGGGGCAAAAGUUUAUUACCAAGAUUAAUUGGUUUAUGACUCUCCACAGCUAAACCUUUUCUGAUAAAAUCUUAUUCUUAGUAUUUAAUUUCUCUCAGGUUUUCUUUGGUAUCACACAAGUAGUAAUGACAUUGAGAUCAUGGAAAAUACACAACAUAUAUAUGUGAUCAGUGCUAUAAAACAAUGACAAAUAAUAGGUGGUUGUGAUCAGACGACUUUUGAUUAAUUGCUUGAUCAUGAAGUUAUUUCACAUGAGAUAACUGUGUGUACCUGCUGGCUGCCAUUGGCUGUCUUGUGGAUGUUGUUUAUGCUUGAUCUUCAGUGCUUUUGUCUAAAACUUAGGCUUUAAGAAUUAAAUAAAAAUAGAUUAUUUAGCAGCUCGUCAUUUUCUCUUAUGAAGCAAAAGUUAAAGUUCAGGCGCUGGCCCUGUGGUGUAGUGGUUAAGUUUGGUGCGCUCUGCUUCAGCAGCCCAGGUUUACAGGU